UAAAAUAAUAUUACUCAUUGAUUUCAUAUUAAUUCAUUUUAAAAAAGCUUCAUACUUAAUUAAAAUAAAUUAUCAAGCUUUGUGCUAAUAUUGAAUCCAAGUUUCAGAACGAAUCUAGUUAUGCCGGCAAUGUCACUGUCAGCCUUUCUUGGGAUAAAUAGUGGAUUUUAACCAAUAAUUCUAUUAAUUUUUACCGUAUUUGACCAACAGAAAGUAUAAAUGAAGCUUCUAAAACCCAGUUGGGUUAAUCAUGAUGAUAAGCCAAUAUUUUCCGUGGACAUCCACCCUACAGGGAAGAGGUUUGCGACUGGUGGGCAGGGCGGAGACUCUGGCCGGGUGGUUGUUUGGAACUUGAACUCUGUCCUGUAUGAAAAUGUGGAGGUGGACCCGAAUGUACCGAAGAUGUUGUGCCAGAUGGACAAUCAUUUGGCAUGCGUCAACUGUGUUCGGUGGAGCAAUGCAGGCCGAUACCUGGCUUCCGGCGGAGAUGACAGACUGGUCAUGGUGUGGGGACUCAGUGUGGUUGCAAAUGGCACUCCGGGGAAGGCACUGAAAGCUGAGACGUGGAGAUGUAUAGCUACUUUGAGAGGACAUGCAGGGGAUGUCCUGGACCUGGCCUGGUCUCCGCUGGACAAGUGGCUGGCCAGCUGCAGCGUGGACAACACCAUCAUAAUCUGGAACGCGGAGAAGUUCCCGGAGAUGGUCUGUGUGCUUAACGGGCAUACUGGGCUGGUGAAAGGCGUUGCUUGGGACCCUGUUGGCAAAUACUUGGCAUCGCAGUCUGACGAUAAAUCACUUCGGGUCUGGAAGACAGCUGACUGGGCGCAAGAAACGGUCAUCACUGAGCCUUUCGAAGAAUGUGGUGGCACGACCCACGUACUCCGGCUGUCCUGGUCCCCCGAUGGUCAAUACGUAUUAUCCGCCCACGCCAUCAACGGGGGUGGCCCCACCGCGCAAGUGGUAGAAAGAGACGGCUGGCGGUGCGACAAGGACUUCGUCGGUCACAGGAAGGCUGUCACUUGCGCUCGCUUCAACAACAAUAUAUUCGUGAAAGAAGGCAAGAAAUGUUGCUGCGCGGCCGUCGGUGCCAGAGACAGAGCGCUAUCUAUCUGGCUCACUUCUCUAAAGCGCCCUCUAGUGGUCGUCCAUGAUCUCUUCAGCGACAGUGUGUUGGAUCUAUCUUGGAGCUCUGAUGGUCUGAAUCUCCUCGCAUGCAGUUCAGAUGGUACAGUCGCCUGCAUACAGUUUACCAACAAGGAGAUUGGCACACCUCUAACACUGGAUGAAAAGAACGCCUUCUAUGAAAAAAUCUACGGAAAGUGUCCGGCCAACGACUCAGCUCUCUCCAACUUACUGGUGGAGUGUCCCGAGAUCCUGCUCGCUAGAGAGAAGCCUGACGCCUGUCGAGACAGUCGGGACGCCUCACUCCUCAGUGAGAAGUCUCAGCAAUCCAAGCCAGCAUUCACAGCAUCGCCCGUGUCUCUGCGACCAGUGGACCGGCAGAUAGAAACGCGCACUUCAGAUGGCAAGCGACGAAUCACACCUGUCUUCAUACCGCUCACUAUGGUCGCUAGCGAAUCUCUCGGCUCCAUGCCAACCGGCACAGAGAACUGCUUCAGUACCUCGUCUCAGAGCAAAUCUCGGAUCCGCGUGGAGAGGCGCGACGACAUAGUGAUACAUCCCAAUGUGAGCAACCACGGGAAUUCCAGUCAACAUAAUAAAAGUGUGGACAACGGGCUCGACCAGCGGUUACGCAAGCGUUCAGCACCUUCCCUCCCCGGCCCCAAGACAGAAGAAGUGCAAGUGAAGAGGAGCGCCAACGGCGCCUCGCCGCCCGUAACACACGCACACACACACACACACACACACGGCGCCUCGCCGCCCGCCUUCCACGCGCUGCCCGCGCCCGCGCUCGGCAGCGCCGGGCCCGUCGUGCGCGCCGCCGGGGCGCUGCGCCUGCAGGUGAUCAACAAAGCGUGUAAUACACAUUACGGCACGCUGUCCCGGUUACAACUGCUGCCCAACAAUUCCGCCUCCAGCGAUCCUGUCUGGGAAACAUAUUUAGGUUCCCCGGUGACGUGCAUAGCGUGCGACGCGCGCUGGGCCGCGGCGGCGUGCGCGGACGGCGCGCUGCACGCCUGGCGGCUCGCGCGGACUACUGCGCACAGAGCCCUGCCGCCCAUCGCACUAAUGUCACCCGCAGCCAAACUGACACUCGCAGGUGACACCCUAGCGGCCGUCACUACAUCCGCCGAGCUCGGUAUCUGGGACCUCGCCAAUGCGACAUGUAUCGUCAGGCCGCUAAGUUUUAGGAGCCUAAUGCAACCCGGGGUGUCUGUAACGAAUUGCUCUCUACUAGAGGACGGGAACCCAAUGAUCUCACUUAGCAACGGGAAGAGCUAUAUUUAUUGCAAGAAAUUGUAUGCGUGGGUGGUAUGGACUGACGCCCGGGAUCCAGUAUGGAGAGCAUGCGGCGGCCACGCCUCCACUAGGGCGCCGCGUUCUUCACAUAACCUGUACCCUGUACAACCCAGAGCCACACAGGCCAACACCGGCGGCUACAGUUCGGACGCGGCCCGAAGUUGGCUCGAAGCUCAAGUGGCUUCGUGCUUCCAUCUUAGACUAGCGAAGGACUACCGACAUUGGAUCACGGCGUUGUUCGGCCACCUCGUCAACCACGGUAAUGAAGACCAGCUGAGAACGAUAUUAGACGAGAUGCUGGGGCCCAGUCAUUGUACCAGCACACCUAAGAAGUGGCAGGCCACAGUUCUGGGUAUAAAGAAACACGACAUUUUAGACGACAUGUUAUCCUUAUUAGUACGUCAGCUGCGCUGGCAGCGCCUCUACAGCGAGUACAUCGACCAACUACGGGACAUACGCGAAGCACGCGAGAGACCCAUGCUCAAUGGACACUGAAACCGGUAUAUGAAACGGACAUUGCAACACGCAUAUUCUUUCAAUACCGGAGUGAAUAAAGAAUUAAAGAUGGCGGAGGGAUUAGGGAUAAACACCGAGAAUGAAAUUUACCUAGUAAUUUCUUAAAAACUACCACAUAGUGCGAUAGAAAAUAAUAGUAAAUUUUGCAUAAUACAAUUAGUAUAGGUCGUUUUUAAGAAGUUAUUAAUUCGCAACGGCGGUGUGAAACAGACUACCGAAUCUUCAUUUUGGAAAUAGAAAAUUUCUAUGCCCAUACAAAAAUGUUUUAAGUUUCUGAAUUUUUUUCACGUGGAUGUUUGCAAUUAUGAAAACUUUCUGACUGCUUUCUUUCUGCACAACAAUAUACAGGAGUAUCCAGGGGUAACAGGAGUAUAUCAUUUAUCUAUACUAUUAUUUGGAUAAACCCUGUAUUUUCUGGAUGUAGCUAAUUUUUUUGUGAUUUUCAGUGUGGUGUACUCAUUGGCUGUUUAUAUAAAUCCUAAAUUCCUAUUGAUAUUAAGUGUAAAGUGUUCAUAUCAGUCUUAUGAAGUAGGUUUUGAAUGAGAUGAAUGCCUUGCGGGUGUGCUAUAGUAUUUAACUAUUUAUAGUAGGUAUAUAAUGAAAUAAUCAGUUCAUUUUAAAUUAUAUAGCCGGUCAAACAACUUUGUCAGUAGAAAAAGGCGCGAAAUUCAAUUCUUCUAUGAGAUACCCUUCGCACCUACAUUUUUUCAAUUUGCCGCUUUUUUCUACUGACGGAAAUGGCUUGACAGACUGUAGUUGAUAAAUACUGUAUCGGUUGAUAUUAUAAUAUAACACCUUUUUUGCCUAAGUAAUCAUUUAAAAAAAGUCACAAGAUUAUACAUAUUAUACGACUAAAUUGUUUCUUCGAGCAAAGAUAAAUAAAUCUUAGAGAAGAGAGCAUGUUAAAUGUAUAUCUUUGGAAGCCACGCAAAGGAAAAUAUUAAAGGUAUUAUAUUAUUGAACCGAUACUAGGUAUGUGAUAAAAAAACACUGCCAAGUAAUUAAUAAAAAUAUUCAGUUUUACUGAAAUGAAAUGUAAUCUCUAUUUGUGGCGAUUUUAGAUAAUACGUUUAAGUA